AUGCACGGCGGAUUCGCGCUCAUGGUGAUGGAGGAUCAUUCUCUGGGCCUUGCUGGCAUUGAGGAUUCCAGACUUCAUCUGUGGUCAAGAAGAGUGAGUUUAGAGGACAUUGCAGAAUGGAUACAAUGCAGGGUCAUUAAUCUGGAGAAAAAGAUGCCUAUGGCGAACCCUAGUGACUCUGCAUCUGUGGUUGGCUUCGCAGAGGGUGUGGGCGUCUUCUUCGUCACCGCAGGUGUUGGAUUGUUCAUGAUGGAGCUCAAGCCAGGGCGAGUGUGGAAGGUUGACAAGCCCUGGGACUUCUCCAAUGUCCUACCCUACAUGAGCUUCUACACUCCUGAUCGUUUGUUAGGAGGACCCGCUGAUCUCUGA